AUCCAAGCAACCGCUCAGUUGCUAGACAACAUUGGAUUUCCUUGAAACAAAACAGCUUUAUCGAUACUCCCGGUUGACCCUGGUGACCCUGGCAGUUAGGAGUUAGCUUCUACCCCCGAACGUAGUAGUUACUCCCUGGCCACUAUGUCCAACCACCGGAUGACGCCGAGGCAGGCCUCCUUGGCCGCCCGUCAGCGGCAGACACGAGUUGGCCGGAUGACCCGGCACACAGUCUUCACGCUGAAAAGACCGGUGUCUUUUCAGGUGCGAAAGUCACUUGUGGACUAUGUGGACAUGGAGCUGGCGGAUAUGGAAACGGCUGUGUUCUAUCAGCGUAUUUUUAUUCUGGCCAAGAACUGCCAUUUGACGCCCGUGGAAUCAGAGGAGAAGUUGCCCGUCGAAGUGGUGGUGGAUCAGGCGCCCGACGGCGAACCAGUUGAGAGUGAACCCGUGAAAUUUGUGGAAGAUGCAGUUCCUAUUUUGGAAAUCAAUGAGGAUGAUUCACCCACGACCACGGUGACAGCGGAUACAGCUCGCAUUCCUGCUCCAACAGAGGAAGUUCCGUUGAAAUCUGCGGAACAGGAAAAGGAAGUUGUGACCCACAUGUUUAGAUUUAGCGAUGAUGAUGAGGGCGAAGAGGAGUCCGGGGAGGAGGAGGACCUCGAACUGGAUGUACAAACUCCGGGUCAGCCCAAGGACUUUUUUGCCAUCUUCAGCGAACGUCUGCAGGAGUUGCACAGCCAAUGCAAAGCCUCGGCCAUCACCUCGGAUCCCAUUUGCGGAUUGUACCUGCACAUGGGUGACUAUAGUCUCCUGAUGCUGGAGUCCUCCGAGGACAUGAUCGGUUGCUUCACCAAAGCCUUGGCAGACUGUUGCGAUAACUUCUGGCUGAUGAAUCGCCUAUUCCAUAUCGAAGAUCGUGUGCAGGAAUUGUUCACCAAAGACUUGUUGUUUCGGCGCAUUCCAGCGGUCUUUCUGAACGAGAAGUUUCCCACUUCCACGCCAACGGAUGAGUAUUUGAUGGGCAAGCAGCAUCUGAUCAUUAAAGACAAACUAUUGGCCAUCUGCCGUUUGAUCUCGGACGGCCAGCAAAUGGAUCCGGAUGUGAUGUCCUUUCGCGAAAGUGUAUACGAUGAGGAGUUGCCCAAGUCCAAGUCCAGGAGCUCCAUUCAAAGCGAUCACUUGCAGAUUGAGGUGUAUCGCAAGCAUUUGCCCGAGAUUCAGCGAAUCGAACUGGUACUGGCUUCUACGCGUUUCUACUAUGGAUUGGAUGAGUUUGCUCGACUCUACGGAAAAGUGCCCUUUGCACCCGACGAAGAUGGCCUCUUCUGGCCUAUCCAGAACAACUACACUCCGCCGCACAUUUUCCGGCGCACUCCCUAUGACAUUAAUCUCACUUUUGCCGAAUAUGCGGCCGUGGCCUCUCAGCGGAAAACCCACGAGAGCUUGGUCGGCAGUUUGGAAGUCGGGGACGAGGAGGAGGAGGCUCCUCCAAAAGAAGAGACGCCCCCGAAAACUGAAUAAGGGGUUGAGACAUUUCCGUUUUAUGCGUUUUAAAUUUCAUUAAAGAUUACUUAAAAAAUCGCUAAGCAAUGUGAAUAAGAAAUAUUUC